CCGAUUGUUGGGUGAAAAAGUGGGCAGUUCAGGAUUUCAUAUCUGGCUUCACUUUCUCUCAACUCCCUCCUUUCCUCUCACCGAAGACUUGGAGUCGGUCGGACAGCAGCUCCAACUCCCCUCAUUCAUACCUGCGCAGAGCAUCCAGAGACUCUCUCUCCGACAGGACAGACGCACUGCAGCAAGCUGCGCGCAGCUGACGGAAAAUACUUUAAACAGCAGUGAAGUCAAUCCAUCCUGCAUCAGCUGAAAUGCUGCUCAGAAGAAGCCGACAUGUCCAAAUACUCGCACUUCUCAUUGCAAUUUGCCGCCUCACUCUGGCCUUCCCCACACAAACUCCAUCUGCAUCGGAUGAGGUCCGGCAGCUCCAGGUGAACAUCCCGUACUCAGGUUCAGUUUCCGCACCACUGGGCAGCUCCAUCUCCAUCCCAUGCUUGGUGUCUCUGUCGUCCUCCUCCUCUGUUGCACCACGAGUCAAGUGGACCGUGGUGUCCGGUGGGGUGGAGACACAGAUUUUGGUGGCACGGGGUCAAAGGAUAAAGGUAAACGAGGCGUACCGAGACCGCGCCGCCUGGCUCAACUACACCUCCUCCCCUGAAGAUCUGUCGUUGUGGCUGGGAGAUUUGCGCUCAAGUGACUCGGGUCACUAUCGCUGCGAGGUGCAGCAGGGCCUGGAGGAUGCCAGCGACCUCGUACAGCUCAAAGUCAAAGGUGUUGUAUUCCACUAUAGAGAUGCUUUGGGCCGCUAUGCGUUUUCCUUCCAACAGGCCCAGAGGGCUUGUGAGGCCAUCGGGGCUCAAAUUGCUACUCCUGACCAGCUGCUGGCAGCGUAUUAUGACGGCUACGAGCAGUGUGAUGCAGGCUGGUUAGCAGACCAGUCUGUCAGGUACCCAAUCCAAGUGCCCCGGGAAGGUUGUUAUGGAGACAUGGAUGGCCAACCAGGAGUGAGAAACUAUGGGACAGUGGAUCCAAAUGAUCUAUUUGAUGUUUACUGUUAUGUAGAGGAAAUUUACGGGGAAGUGUUUCAUGACUCCAUCCCUCAGCAGUCGUCAUUUGAUGAAGCGCAGUCUUACUGCAGAGGAGCAGGAGCAGAGCUGGCUACGACAGCACAGCUGUACUUGGCAUGGAGUGAAGGUCUGGACCGAUGCAGUCCUGGCUGGCUGUCUGAUGGCAGUGUGCGCUAUCCCAUCAUAACCCCAAGAGAUCGCUGCGGAGGGCCUCAGCCAGGCGUCAAAACACUGUACCGUUUCAGCAACCAAACUGGCUUCCCAGAGCCAUCCAGCCUUCAUGACGUUUAUUGUUUCAGAGACAACAGAAAUACUCCCACCGACUCUCCCAUGGACUAUGUGGCUACAGAGCCCGAGAACAUCGGCCAAGAUGUUGUUAUUCUCAUGGAUACAGAUCAAGAGCUGCAACUGAACCAACAUUCAGAGCACGUGGAGCUUAAAGCUCAAAGGUUGCUUGAAUCUUUUCCCCUCGUCUCCAGCUCCUCCGCUGAGGAAAGCCUAGUUGGCACGCACCCAACAAUUGUAUCAGACACAACAGAGUCUCCUCUGAACACCACACUUACAUUGGACCUUCUCCAGGCAUUGAAUGAAACUUCAUCUCCUGCAGAAACCAGCUCCCAGCAUCCAACAGCCCUGAUGAACAGCACUAUCAGCACCACAGAAACCUACGAUUCCACACAGAACACGUCAUUAAUGCCCGACAUUUACAAUGAGACCAUUUCCCAUUACAAUUUCACCUCUCACCACUCUGUGCCUGAGAGCACCACAGCGUUUCCUGAAACAUCAUAUGAACCUCACACGCAUAACCUAACAGUUUCAGAAACAAUUCCUGAAGAGAAUACAUCUCAGAGACCAAGCGAUCCCCAAGGAAUACAUGAGACCAACUUCAAUUUUGAGAGAUCACAAGGUAAUUACAGCGAGACGGACGGCAAUCAUACUCAAGAAGAGAGAUUGUGGGAGGUGACCUCUGUGACCCUUGACCCCGUGGUUGAGGUGAAGCUUGAGCAGGAAGCAGCAGAAGAUGGUGUGCAGGUGUUUCUAUCAACCCAGGCCUCAAAAGAGGAAGCUCUCACACAGCCAGCACAAACCACAACAUCUUCUAUCAAGGAGCUAACCUCAGUGUGGGCAACUCUGGAUGGGUCUGGAGAUAUUUCUUCAGAGAGUGACCUUGAUGUCGAAGCAGUGAGCUUCAUCUCCACAUCAGAUUCUUCCAUUUCCAGCUUCACCACUCACUCGUCACAGUCUGCUUCGACUAGCAGUGCUCCUGCUGAGCCUUGGACUGCACUCCCUGAUCCAACCCUCUCAUCUGGAUCACACCAUUCUGCAAAACCGAGUUUGGAUGUCCUCUCCACAGCAUCGCAGUUAUGGGAUCCCUCCAUUUCUAGACAGGAGGGAAGUACAAGCUUAGAAAUUGAAGACACAGUCACUUUGGAAAGUGAAGAAAAACAGCUGCACCCAACAAAGUCCGAGGACAACCUCAUAUCAGGAAUAAGUUUAGCUACCACUGAGUCUCCAGAGAAGUCAAGCAUCUCUCAGGUGCCCACUGAUUCCUCCACAGCACACUAUCAAACAUCAGAUUACAGAGUGUACCUGGAUACUACGACCACUGGCUACGAGGAGGCAAGUGGACAAGAACUUUCUACGAUUAUGGCAACCCUUGGAGAGGAUGUUAAAGUUACUCCAAUUUAUGAAGAGGACAUUACAGUCACCCCAACCCUUGAAGAAGAAACUGAAGUUUCCCAAACUCUUGAAGAGAAAGAUGAAGUUGCCUUUACGCUGGAAGAAGCUAACAAUACCCAGAUAUUUGAAAAAGAAGUUACCUUUGAAGACGAAGAAGCUAGCGCCACCCCAACCCUUGAGGAAGAAACUAGCAUUGACCAAGUCCUUGAAACCAAAGUUUACGUUGCCCCAACUGUCGACAAAGAAGCUAGCAUUGCUCCAACCCUCGACGGAGAAGCUAGCAUUGCUCCAGCCCUUGACAGAGAAGCUAGCAUUGCCCCAACCCUUGAUGAAGAAACUAGCAUUACCCCAACCCUCGAUGAAGAAGCUAGCAUUGUGCCAACCCUCGACGAAGAAGCUAGCAUUGCCCCAACCCUCGACGGAGAAGCUAGCAUUGCCCCAGCCCUUGACGGAGAAGCUAGCAUUGCCCCAGCCCUCGACGGAGAAGCUAGCAUUGCCCCAACCCUCGACGAAGAAGCUAGCAUUGCCCCAACCCUCGACGAAGAAGCUAGCAUUGCCCCAACCCUCGAAGAAGAAGCUAGCAUUGCCCCAACCCUUGAACUUGAGGAGGAAACUAGCAUUGACCCAGCCUUUGACGAAGAUGCUAGCACUGCUCCAACCCUUACACUUGAAGGGGAAGCUAGCAUUGCCCCAACGUUUGAUGAAGAAGCUAGUAAUGCCCCAACCCUUGACGAAGACACCAGCAUUGCCCCAGUCCUUGAAAAAGAAGUUAACGUUGCCCCAACUUUUAGAGAAGAAGCUACUAUGUCCCCAACCCUUGGAGAAGAAGCUAAUAUUGUCCCAAACCUUGAAGAAGAAGCUAACAUUGUCCCAACCUUUGAGGAGGACUUUACUGUCUUUCCUCUGGAUUCACAAACAUCUCAGUGGGCUCUGCAGACAACCACAACUGGACCCCAAGAGUCUAUAAAUGAUCUAGAGUACAGCAGAAAAACCUCCACAGCAGCUCCAGGUUCGAGUACAACACCAACUGCUGCUACCACAAAGAUGGCCACAACCACCAUCACAACCACCACGCACUGGUCCAGACGCAGCUGGAGCCCGACCACCUCGGCACCGAAUAUUUUCCACAAGACAGCCGAGCCGGAGAAGGUGACAGCCUUCAUACCACCAGUGGAUCAAGGUCUGGUGGAUGUUGAGUUUAGUCUCACCCAGCCACCCACCCUGCUUAUCUUGCCUAAUGAGAGGGCAGCUGUAGGCGGUGCGGGGAAAGCUUCAGAUGUGUGCAUCAACGACCCCUGUCUCAACGGAGGCACCUGCACUGACCGAGACGGGCAGAUCCAGUGUUUCUGUUUGCCAACAUAUGGUGGAGACUUCUGUCAGACUGACCUGGAGCGAUGUGAACCGGGUUGGGAUAAGUUCCACGGUUUCUGCUACCGACACUUCAGCCAGCGUCUGAGCUGGGAGGUGGCAGAGCAGCAUUGCCGCAUGCUGGGAGCUCAUCUGGUUUCCAUCAUAACCCCUGAGGAACAGGACUACAUCAACAACAACUACAAAGAAUAUCAGUGGACCGGUUUGAAUGAUAAAACCAUUGAGGAUGAUUUCCGCUGGUCUGAUGGCAACCCAUUGCUGUAUGAAAACUGGUACAGAGGGCAGCCAGACAGCUAUUUCCUGUCAGGUGAAGACUGUGUGGUGAUGGUGUGGCACGAUAACGGACGCUGGAGUGACGUACCCUGCAACUAUCACCUUGCAUACACCUGCAAGAAAGGCACCUCCUCAUGUGGUCCGCCACCCAAGGUCAGAAACGCCUCCAUCUUUGGAAAAGUUCGACAGAGAUACGAGACCAACGCAGUUGUGCGUUAUCACUGUGCUGAGGGUUUCCAGCAGAGAAUGAAUCCUCUGAUCAGGUGUCUGUCUGGAGGCAGGUGGGAGAGACCCCAGGUCAUCUGCAUCCCUGAGGCCGGAGGGCCAACCCAACACCCUGAAGUGACGUCACUGACCAACAUCAACUUUGCUGCCGCUGAAGACGAAUUUGAAGCCACUAAAGAGACACCGCAGUACUGGGACAUUAGGUUUUAAAAGAGUCAUGCUUUCCAUGUCUUUCUUUCUUAAAUUCUGCUGUUGGAUCACAACAAGGUGCCAAGAAUCACAUGCUUUUUACCAAUGAACGCUCAAAAUGAGUCAAAUAUUCCUACUUUUUUGUGUCCAUUAGAAUAUUUUCUACUGUGUUUUGGUUUAAUGUGGUGACAAGCAGAGCAAAAAAGGAGGUUAAAGUAGAAAGAAAGAGAGACAGAAAUACAGAAAGUGAGUGUCAGCUCCAAAUCUUUGCAUUACAGUCAGAACUGUUCUCCUUGUGGUUUUUGUUUUAUCAGGAACCUUCUUAUAAAAUGGUGCUAAUGUUUUUAAAACUUUGUCCCAAACGGAGAUGUUUGUUUUCCCGCCUUUCUCAAAGAAUCUAAUGACUCCAAAGCACAAAAAUCAAUCUUAACCAAUAAGUCAGUAAGUACUGUACAUAUAUUUGUUUUCACACCUGUGAUUACUGCUGUCCGCAUUCUUCUGAAAGAAACCUUUUAUUUCCGGCAGACGCAGUUUUGUUCGUCAGCUUUAUGUUGUAAUAAAGUUUUGUAGAACAGAGCGAAGAAUAAAUCGUUCUCUUA